UUCCAAGGAUCGCGGUUUGUGAGUUGAAGGCUUUGUGAGAGGUUAAACCCCCAAAAGAUACAUAUUUGGUAAACUGAGGCUACCUGUAAACACAUUUCGGCAUUAGGAGAAGAUUCGGGUAGGGAAGUGAAGGACAACCACCCCGAGUUACAUUCCUUUCCCCCAAUAAAAAGCUCUGGGGAUGAAAGUUCUUUUGGCUUUUAUCUUUUCGAUUUAAAAAUUUGAGAAGAAAAAUGUGACUAGAGAUGAAUCCUGGUGAAUCCGAAAUUGAAACACAACUCCCCCUUCCCCUUCCUAUCCUCUCGGUUUUAGAACCGCGCUCUCCCGCCCCAGGAGAUUCCUUGGGGCCGAGGGUUUUCCGGGGAACCCGGGCGCCCGCCCCUUCUACUGUCCCUUUGCCCCGCGGGCACAGCUUGCCUCCGUCUGCUUUCUCUACUUCUGGACCUCUCCUCGCCGGGCUUUUUAAAGGGCUUCUGCGUCUCAAAACAAAACAAAAAAACCCUUUGCUCUUCCCAACCCUUUCGCAGCCCGCCCCAGCGGUGGCGCGGGACAAGCAAAGGCGAAAGCCGCGCGGCUCUUGCCGGGCGCGGACGGUCGCGCAGGGGCGCCCGCGGCCUCCGCACCCGGACCUGAGGUGUUGGUCGACUCCGGGCAUCCACGGUCGGGAGGGAGGGCUGAGCUGCUCGAUCCUUUACUUUUCUUCCUCAAAGUCUACCUGCCAAUGCCCCUAAGAAGAAAACCAAGUAUGUGCGUGGAGAGUGGGGCGGCAGGCAACCCGAGUUCUUGAGCUCCGGAGCUACCCAAAGCAGCAACUGGGAACAGCCUCAGGAAAGGGAGGUCGGGUGGAGUGGGCUUUGGGGCAGGAGUCAUGGGGCCCGGGCCCCGGGGACGACCUGGCGCGCCCGGCCCUGCUGAACGCAGAGUUGCGCCUAGUCGGGUUUUCGAAGAGGCCCUUGCGCUGAGCGACCCACGCGCGCGGCAGCAUCUUCGAUUAGUCAGGACAUCCCAGUAACUGCUUGAGCUGUAGGAGCCAUUCCGUAGUGCCAUCCCGAGCAACGCACUGCUGCAGCUUCCCUGAGCCUUUCCAGCAAGUUUGUUCAAGAUUGGCUGUCAAGAAUCAUGGACUGUUAUUAUAUGCCUUGUUUUCUGUCAAGACACCAUGAUUCCUGGUAACCGAAUGCUGAUGGUCGUUUUAUUAUGCCAAGUCCUGCUAGGAGGCGCGAGCCAUGCUAGUUUGAUACCUGAGACGGGGAAGAAAAAAGUCGCCGAGAUUCAGGGCCACGCGGGAGGACGCCGCUCAGGGCAGAGCCAUGAGCUCCUGCGGGACUUCGAGGCGACACUUCUGCAGAUGUUUGGGCUGCGCCGCCGCCCGCAGCCUAGCAAGAGUGCCGUCAUUCCGGACUACAUGCGGGAUCUUUACCGGCUUCAGUCUGGGGAGGAGGAGGAAGAGCAGAUCCACAGCACUGGUCUUGAGUAUCCUGAGCGCCCGGCCAGCCGGGCCAACACCGUGAGGAGCUUCCACCACGAAGAACAUCUGGAGAACAUCCCAGGGACCAGUGAAAACUCUGCUUUUCGUUUCCUCUUUAACCUCAGCAGCAUCCCUGAGAACGAGGUGAUCUCCUCUGCAGAGCUUCGGCUCUUCCGGGAGCAGGUGGACCAGGGCCCUGAUUGGGAAAGGGGCUUCCACCGUAUAAACAUUUAUGAGGUUAUGAAGCCCCCAGCAGAAGUGGUGCCUGGGCACCUCAUCACACGACUACUGGACACGAGACUGGUCCACCACAAUGUGACACGGUGGGAAACUUUUGAUGUGAGCCCUGCGGUCCUUCGCUGGACCCGGGAGAAGCAGCCAAACUAUGGGCUAGCCAUUGAGGUGACUCACCUCCAUCAGACUCGGACCCACCAGGGCCAGCAUGUCAGGAUUAGCCGAUCGUUACCUCAAGGGAGUGGGAAUUGGGCCCAGCUCCGGCCCCUCCUGGUCACCUUUGGCCAUGAUGGCCGGGGCCAUGCCUUGACCCGACGCCGGAGGGCCAAGCGUAGCCCUAAGCAUCACCCACAGCGGGCCAGGAAGAAGAAUAAGAACUGCCGGCGCCACUCGCUCUAUGUGGACUUCAGCGAUGUGGGCUGGAAUGACUGGAUUGUGGCCCCACCAGGCUACCAGGCCUUCUACUGCCAUGGGGACUGCCCCUUUCCACUGGCUGACCACCUCAACUCAACCAACCAUGCCAUUGUGCAGACCCUGGUCAAUUCUGUCAAUUCCAGUAUCCCCAAAGCCUGUUGUGUGCCCACUGAACUGAGUGCCAUCUCCAUGCUGUACCUGGAUGAGUAUGAUAAGGUGGUACUGAAAAAUUAUCAGGAGAUGGUAGUAGAGGGAUGUGGGUGCCGCUGAGAUCAGGCAGUCCUUGAGGAUAGACAGAUAUACACACCACACACACACACCACACACACACGUUCCCAUCCACUCACCCACACACUACACAGACUGCUUCCUUAUAGCUGGACUUUUAUUUAAAAAAAAAAAAAAAAGGAAAAAAACCCCUAAACAUUCACCUUGACCUUAUUUAUGACUUUACGUGCAAAUGUUUUGACCAUAUUGAUCAUAUAUUUUGACAAAAUAUAUUUAUAACUACGUAUUAAAAGAAAAAAAUAAAAUGAGUCAUUAUUUUAAA